UGUUGCAAUGAAAUGACUUUGCUGUUAAUUCCUUGUAAAAUAAUAAUGAAUUUAUAAUAUCUGUGUUGUGCUAGUGCACGGUGGAAAAUGUACGAAAUUUUAUAUUAACACUGAACUUUAGUACGCGAUUAGUAGUUUGCAUUAGGAAUUGUAAAUUUUUUAAAUGCAACUUUUUAAAUGGAUGGGAAUAAAGAUGAAAGCGAACGAUGUAUACAACUUGCUCAGAAGUAUAUAAAUGAAGCCGAUCGUUCUAAAGCCCUUAAAUUCUUAUAUAAAGCUGAAAAAUUGUAUCCAUCGCAGCGAGCAAAAGAUUUGAUUGAACUUCUUGAAAAGCUAAGUGAUUCGGCCCGUGGUAGAAGUGACUCCUCACAAGACAGGAGCUCAAGCAGAGAUCGAAAUCAAAGCAGAACCAGGAGCCCAUCUCUUAGAAGAAGGACUACUCAAAAAAGUUCUGAAGUUAAGCAAGAUUAUACAGAAGAACAAGUGGAAGCUGUGUUAAAAAUUAAAAAGUGCAAAGAUUUUUAUGAAAUUCUGGGUGUGGCCAAAGAUGCUGGUGAAUCAGAUAUUAAGAAGCAGUAUAGGAAGCUGGCUUUGCAGUUCCAUCCUGAUAAAAACAAAGCUCCCGGUGCUACUGAGGCAUUUAAAGCUAUAGGAAAUGCAUUUGCUGUACUAAGUGACCCUGAGAAAAGGAAGCAGUAUGAUACUUUUGGUUCUCAAGAUGGCAAAAAUUUGAAAAGAUCCUCUUAUCAGCGCCACCAAGGAUAUUAUGAAUAUUCUAGAGGAUUUGAAAGUGAUAUCUCUGCGGAAGAGUUAUUUAAUAUGUUUUUUGGCGGAGGAUUCCCAUCGGGCAUGGCAGCUAAUACCUAUCCGAGACGAACGGCUAGACAUUUCACUGCAAGAGAAGCUCAUAGUGCACGUCAGGAAAAUCAAGCCAAUUACACCAUUUUGAUGCAGAUGUUGCCAUUGAUAUUUCUCAUCUUUUUGUCACUUUUAAGCAGUUUUUUCAUAGCUGAUCCACAAUAUAGCCUUUCAAAAACACAAAAAUAUGCUUAUGAACGAAGAACUAGCAAUUUAAAAGUGCCGUACUUUGUGAAAGAUAAUUUUGCAACGGAUUAUCAGGGAAGUAUAAGAAGGCUGGAAGCGCAAGUUGAAGAAGAAUAUAUUGCAAAUUUAAGAGGUUCCUGUUUUAAAGAAAAAAAUUAUAGGGAAAGUAUGAUAUGGAGAGCUAGAAAUUUCAGAGAUCGAGCUUUGGAAGAAAAAGCCAAAGCUCUAAAAAUGCCUUCUUGUGAAACAUUAAACGAACUGUAUGCAAAUGAAAGAGGCUGGUAGACUGAAUGUGAGACACUUUUUGCUAAAACAUCGUACUGCAGUGACAAACCAUUUCUAUGUGAUCGCAAUUUAAGCAAACUGUUUAGUCAAAAACUCUUGCAAAAUCAUUUCUUUCAUUAUUUUUGUUUUAUUGUAAAUACCAUGGUUUGUUCAAGUUUUUGCAUAUUUUAAUGAACAAUAAAUUUUUCAUGACCUUUGUUUUUCAGAUUGCACUUUGAAAAGUUAUUUUUUUAAUUCAUGUCUCCACAUCAAAUUAAUUGUAAUCAAGAUGUAGAACAUGCAUUUAAGAGGAAUGUUCUGGUAUAUCCAAUUCUGUUUCUACAUUAAUACAGCUUUUCCUUGACAUUGAUGACUGAACUUUUUAAUUUAUUCUUGGACCGGUAUUCUAAAAAUGAAACUCAAAAAGUUAUGAAUUUAUAUGUCAUUUUGUUCACUAGAGACUGCUAAGAUUUCAAAUCCUUUUAGGGUCGAAUGUUACUAAGAGAUAUUAAAGGAACUGCGUGAAAUUUUUAUACAUAUACAGUAUAAUUUCGAUUCAAGGAUACCCCAUUUAUCGAUUUCCUCAAUUUAAUGAUACAUUUCACUGGUCCAGUUUGACUGCAUUGAAUGUCUAUGCUUCUUGCUUUAACGAUAUCCUUGAUUUAAUGAUAACUUUUUCCAGUCCCUUAGAAUCAUUAAAUCGGGGUAAUACUGUAUUUGAAUGAUUAUUUAAAACAUUAGCGCUAAAUAGCUCUGCAAAAUACAAAUAUAAAAUAGGAAAAUUGUAACAGGCAUAUAAAAUUUAGAAAAUUUAUUUCUUAUUUUGUGGAUUCAAUGAAAUAUUAUAUGUAAUGCUUGAAAAACAUCAGUGCCAGAUAUUUACAAACACAAAUACAAAAGUGACGACCAGCAACAGGCUCUGGGCCCAGCUUGACUGGUCCUAGUCUAUGUAUAAUCCCCAGUGAAGAUCAAUGGCCCUCUUAAAACUAUCUGCUCCCUUACUCAUUACCACCUCUUCCGGUAAGCUGUUCCAAGGUUCCACUACCCUGCUAAAAUAAUAAUGUUUCAUAAUAUCCAUGUUAGCCUGAGAUUUAACUAGCUUAAAACAAUGACCCCUUGUCCUGUUUUCAGUGCUAAACUUCAGCCCCGUAACAUCUUCCAUUUUAAUAAAUUUAAACAACCGAAUCAUGUCCCCUCGGUCUCUUCUUUGCUCAGCACUGUACAUUUUUAGCCUUUCUAAGCCUGGAAUCAUAGUCUAAGUGAGAAAGUCCAUUUAUCAACCUUGUAGCCCGCCUUUGAGCCCUUUCCAAUACAUUAAUAUCUUUCAAGGAGACCAAAACUGAACAGCAUACUCCAAAUGAGGUCUUACCAAAAUUCUAUAUAAGGGCAGAAGAACUUCUUUAGAUUUGUAAGGGAGGAGCAAGCUGAAGCCCUUGCUCUAGGCAGUAAAUUCACUCUCUCCCCCCCCCCCUUUUUUUUGUUGAAACUCAAUAUAAAAACUUUAAGGAAGAUGGGUAAAUCUAUAUAGCUUCACACACACACACAUGCAAACAUAUCUUUUACAAAAAAAAAAAAAAGGCUAUCAGUUCUGUGACUGAUAUACUGGUGGGCUCCAGAAUGCAAUUUUGCCGAACUUGUCUGCUUGCUGCCCUUGCAAAUGAAUCCCUGCUUUAAUAGAAAUCUUUAUUUGGAAACAGAAUUGGUUAUACAGUUAAAAACUGCAUUAAAAUGAAAUAUUUUUCCCUCCACAAAUAGAAGUAGUUUUCUCCUCUCCAUUUUAUACCUUUUUUCCAUCUACACAUUUAUUGUGUUGUUUUUCAAAUAGAAAGUCAUUCCACAUAUUUAUAUUUUUAAUAUUUUUGUCUUUUUCUUCCUUUUUUACAUAACCAACAAAAAAAAAUCAAAUUUUUAUGUAAUUCUAUGGUUCCCAAACUUUUUUUUCUUUCUC